AUGUUUGUACCUGAAGGAAUUGGAACCCCAGAGACUUCAGAUAUUGCACCAAACUCACAUCCAGAAUCCUUUCUUCAGACAAAAUUAAUUUCCUUGGAGACCCAUGUGACAGGACCUCUCCUCAAAAAUGAAAAAGCUCAAACUUUCAUCCUGGAACCAGUUUUUAUUUCCCCCAGCCAUGGAUUUAAAUUACUCUCAUUGGAUGAAAUAGAACAAGGAGUUUCAUAUACAGAGAACUUGCAAGCCAUAUUCCCAAAGGAACCUGGUGUUUCAAACCCCAUCCAGGAAGAAGUCUACAGUAAAUCGGAAAAGAAAGAAGACAAGAGUUAG